AUGGUAACCCCACUCCAUCGCCAUGUAACCUUGAAGACUUUUCAAAUUUGUAACAAUUGCUGCCGCCUCCUCAGGACGGAACGAGACGCCACAAGCUGGUCCUCGGACAAGUUAAAAAGUCUCCUGCUGGGCCUGCGGGUGGAGAGCAACGAAGGAAGCUGUGAGGUGACCGAGGUGAGCAAGGUGGAGGGCGAAGCGUCCAUUAACAACCGCAAAGGGAAACUCAUUUUCUUCUACGAGUGGAACCUGAAAGCAGCCUGGACAGGAAUUUCAAAAUCAGGAAUAAAAUACCAAGGCUCCAUCGAGGUUCCUAAUCUGUCUGAUGAGAAUGAUAUGGAGGAUCUGGAUAUUAGCGUGGCACUGAACAAAGAUGAACCAGAGACGCCGCUGGUCCACCUGAUGAAAUCCAAAGGAGCCGAGAAGAUCCGCCAAGCUCUGGGAAGCUACGUGGGCUUCUUAAAAUCAGAAUUCACUCAGGGCAUGAUCUUGCCGACGGCCAACGGCAUGGUGCCGCUUCAGUCCUCCUCGCAGUCCAAGGCCAAGACGGACAAAACUCAGAUUUCAUCAUCGAGCAGCCCGGCAGCGCCGCCGGUCAACACGGGCGUGAAGAUUCCCACGUGCAAGUUCAGCCUGACGGAAACGUUCCUCACCAGUCCAGCGGACCUCUUCAGGGUCUUUGUCAACCAGGAGAUGAUUCAGGCGUUCACACACGCUCCGGCCACGGUGGAGGGUGAGAAGGGAGGAAGGUUUCGACUGCUGGGUGGAAACGUUUUGGGGGAAUUCGUAGACUUGGUGCGAGAUCAGAAAAUAGUCAUGAAGUGGAGGUACAACAACUGGCCCUGUGAGCACUACGCCACGGUCACGCUGACGUUGGUGGACCGCAGCAGCGAGACGGAACUCCGCCUGGACUGUCGCGGAGUUCCGGACGACGACGAGGAUCGGACCAAGGACGGCUGGCGCAGGUUCUACUUCGAGGCCAUCAAACAGACUUUUGGCUACGGGGCGCGACUCUUCUGAGACCUCCUUUGAAUUUUGUCGGUUUGCUUUUUGACUCCUCAUCGUGAUCGGCGACAUCUUGACGUGAAGUCAGCGAGGACCGUUUGUAUUCUUUUGGUUUACUUUUGUCCCUCUUGAAUAUUUGUCGUUCAGAAGAACCUCACCAUAACCACUCGAGCAAAUUGGCCUCUACUUGGCACAAGUAAAAGAAUGGACUUUGCGUUUACCGAAGCAAACGAGCAGCUCUGGAAAAGUCAUUUUUGUUUGUUUCUUUGAGCGUAGCGCCGGCGCAUGUUGGUCUUCAAAGCCACGGCCGCAUCCAGUUGUGUAACGUCCCAGCUUUCAUCAAUGCAUCACCUGGGAAGCCAGCGUAGCAAACGGAAACAUUCCCGCUGCACAGAACAACCCCCGCCGCGGGGUUCAUCUAUUUAUACCUUUUCAUGCCGCCGAUGUGAUGCCAAACGAUCGGAAUAAACCAAUCACUGCGUGGC